AUUUGAAGACAAUUCUCCACACUGUCUCCUCCCCUGAAUGAUUUUUCCUGAAGUCUUUUGAUAAUUUUUUUUUAUUGUCAUUGGUCUGUCUCCCCAUCCUGUUUUGGUCAGGAGAAAGGGAGGAAAGAGGCUUGGAAAGUUAGUUAAUGUUUGGAGAAAGGAACUCUCCCUUCUCUCUUAACGCCCGGGAUGCACUGUGGCCACCACCACUCCACUGCUUUCCUUUUCAAUGCCUCCAACCCUGCCCUGAACCCUGGGGCGCCCUGAGUCCUUCUAUGUCUGCCUUUUCCCAGUUGCAUUUGGAAGGUUAAAACUGGGAAGCAUGAUGGCCUCUGGACCAUUUCUUUAUGCAGAACUCCCUGGAGUCCCUGGAACUGGUUUCCUCUGAAGAUGAAGGGAUUUUGUAAACCCUGUCUAUCCCUAGCAUGACUACCUUUGGGAAAAAGCGAACUUCAUGAGCCUGGGUGGAUGGCAGGAGCACCCUUCCUGUUUUUGCUCAUUUAGAAACCUGUGUUGCCUGCAGCCUAUUGUAGACUGCCAUUGGUUCAGCCGUCCACCUGCUGCUCCUGCUGUUUGUUCUGGAUGAUGGCCUGCCGGCUGCGUGUGUGUGAAAGUCUGGUCCUCCAACACAGACCCUGUCAUCCCUUCCCCUUUGGAUCCAGUACUUGUCACUCCGUCCACAGGGAGCUGUCCCUGGGGUGGGGUGGGGGCCUCAGUGUGAAGGCUGGUCAUUUCUGCCUGUCAGCAGGGAAGCCAGAGGCCAGUGUGACCUUCCCAGCCCCAGCCUGAAUGUCCUAUGGAAAACUCCAGCAGGCAGCUCAAUGCUGAUUCAGGCCCCGGGCCUUCAGGGCUGCUGCCUGUGCCAGCCUCCUGUCACCCGCUGAGCGCCAACCAUGUUGAGUUUUUACUACUACCGAGAAGAAGGCAACUCACUCCCUGUGGCCUCAGGAGGAAGCCUGGUCUUGCAGAGAGGACUGCUUCCAGACGGAGACACCAGGAAGAAGAAGAAAAAUGCCUCUAUGUGCCCCGUCAGUACCACCCGGGACCGCGUGCCCACUUACCUGUACCGUAUGGACUUCGAGAAGAUGGGCAAAUGUAUCAUCAUAAAUAACAAGAACUUCGACAAAGCGACAGGUAUGGAUGUCCGGAAUGGGACGGACAAAGACGCAGAGGCCCUCUUCAAGUGCUUCCGAAGCCUGGGUUUUGAAGUGACCGUCUAUAAUGACUGCUCUUGCGCAAAGAUGCAGGAUCUGCUUAGACGAGCCUCUGAAGAGGACCACAGCAACUCAGCCUGCUUCGCCUGCGUCCUGCUGAGCCACGGAGAAGAGAAUCUGAUUUAUGGGAAAGACGGCGUGACACCGAUAAAGGAUCUGACAGCUCAUUUUAGGGGAGACCGAUGCAAAACCCUGCUAGAGAAACCCAAGCUCUUCUUCAUCCAGGCGUGCCGAGGGACGGAGCUGGAUGACGGGAUCCAGGCUGACUCGGGGCCUAUCAACGACACCGACGCUAAUCCCCGCUACAAGAUCCCGGUGGAAGCUGACUUUCUCUUUGCUUACUCCACGGUUCCAGGCUAUUAUUCGUGGAGGAACCCAGGAAAGGGCUCCUGGUUUGUGCAGGCCCUCUGCUCCAUCCUGAAUGAGCAUGGCAAGGACCUGGAGAUCAUGCAGAUCCUGACCAGGGUGAACGACAGGGUGGCCAGACACUUCGAGUCCCAGUCUGAUGACCCCCGCUUCAAUGAGAAGAAGCAGAUUCCAUGUAUGGUGUCCAUGCUCACCAAAGAGCUCUACUUUGGCCGUUGACCAGCCUCCAACUGAGAACCUGCUGUCAUUCACUGAUGAAUCCAGCUUUUAUUUUAUUUUUGUUUUGAUGCUCUCAAAAUAUCCAGAAAUGUUAAGGAGAUUUAAUUUCAGGAAAGUAUAUUGAUUCAGGGAGGGAGUUCUCUGGUGAUGUCUGAUAAUUCUGGGUUUCCAGAUUUUUUUUGUUUGUUUAAUAACUUUGUUCAUCUGAUGACUUCACACUUUUCCUUUAAAGUUAAUUUCCUGUUUCUAUUUUUUUUUUCCCUGUCAUCUCCUUGAGCGCAUACUGUGAGCAUGGCCUCUGGAGAAGACAUUGAGACUUUGGUGAUGACAGGAAUGGAAAGUCAGAGUCUUAGUUGAACUUGGCAAAGAGAAUUCCAGCUCUUGAUGAGAGAAUACGGCUGAGACACUCGCCAGCCUCCAUUGGAAAAGGUGGCUGUUGAGUGGAGUGUUUGUUUUCAGUGGCUUUGAACAAGUUCUUAAGCAAACCUUCCCAGGUAGCUGAGGGAAGACAGUUAAUACUCUAGUAUAUAGGACCCAAUCCAGAAAACAAGCCAUUCUAGGGUAUCGGUACAGAAGGGUCGACACAGGGAAUUCACUUAAGUGGGUAAUUAAGAGAGCCAAGCAGUAAAAAUCUGUUACCUCACCUGCCACCAUGGGGCUGAAGAGUUCAGUUCCCUUGUCAUCAGAAAAAAGUGUGGCAGGGCAGCCUUCUAGAAGCUAAAACCAUAGAGGGAUAUGGUGAUUGCAGCCAUGCCCAGGACAAGCCACUGUCUGAGAUGGAAACCAAGCCAGAACUGAGUCAGGCACCAAGAUACCCCCAGACCUCCCCAGGCCUGUGCCCAUAUCCACCAGCGCCUUACCAUUCCAGGGUGCCUGAAAGCCAGCUAGUGAGGCCCUGGGAACCGUGCUCCCUUGUGGUGUAGAGCAGAGGAACGGAUAGCAAGGCAGGGGUAGUGGUGGGGGGUAAACUUGGCCCCAAAUGUGAAUUAAAUAACCAUGUCCUCCGGCGUGCUACAAUGUAUUCAUUCAUUAUUCACUGACUUGCCCGAUCAUCCACACAGGUGCUGAAGAGUAACCCAUCCCACGUUGUAUUCAGAAUAAUGUUUUUGUACUUCAAAUACAUCUGGAAUUCUGUCAAAUAUUCCAAGGUUUUUUUUCUGAAUAAUCUUCGGUUACCUCUGGUUCUACAAAUGACACUUUAGGCAAAGGUCUUGGCACUUUCCUCUUUUCAAGGUGUCGUUUUCUUUGGAAUUCUUUCUACAUUCCUGUUUUCCCCUCCUAAUAAGUGGUUGACAAAUAUUCCUAUUUAUUGAUUAAAAUGUGUUUCAGAAA